AUGUUUUAUACAGAUUUACGCUUCAGAUUUGUCUACAUGAGUGGUAUACGGUGCGACGAUUCUGGACAUCUACUGGUUGCCGAUGCGAAAACCCAUACUCUGAAGUUGCUCACGACCUCUGGCCAGAUGUUGAAGUGCGCUCGAUUUGCCAAUGGGGCUAACUUUCCAUAUUGUUCGGCAUUUGGUGUAUCGCCAUUUGGAAUGCUUAUGGCAUGCGAUCGAAGCAACAAUCGCAUGGUUUUGUUCCGUAUCGGAGAGGAGUCAGUAUCGGAGGACGCUAUAAUCACCGACGAUAUAUUUGAUCGGAUGAUGGGCGAGAACGGCGUGGAGAACGAAGUACGGCGAUUGAAGGAGAGAGCCCGUAGAGGUGUAUAA